UUUUACACUCAUAUUCGUCGUAGUUAUAAAACAUCAAUGUCUAUAAGUUAAGCACAAAUAAAUUUUUAAGGUUUGAAUUUAUUAAAAUGCUUAUUAAACAAUUAACUCGAUUUAUUUCGAGUCAAAUAGUAACAAAUCAACAAAGAUGCAUUUCAUCGGCGACGGCAUCUGUUACAAAAAUUCAUCGUUCCGUUUACGCUAGAAUGUAUCCAACUGUGGUUGUUCUGCCGGAUGGUUCUUCCAUCAACAUUCGUUAUCAUGAACCAAGGAAAAUCAUAAAGCUUCCUUUGGACCUAAGUACCCUGACUGAAGCUGAGCGCAAAGCCCGAAUCGAUGCUCGCAAGCCAAGGAAGAAGAUCAAGAUUGAGGAGGAAGUUGAGGACAAUUUCAGCUCGAGAAAAUACUUGAAGUACAUUAAGAAAAAGAAGUAAACGCAAUAAGAGGCAUUUUUGUUUUAAAUUAAAUUUUCGUUAUCAAAUAAAAAACAAAACUUAUUAAAAGUGG